ACGACACAUCUACGUGGAGCUGGUAAUUUGACAACUACUUCAACAUUAACUAACAUUUGUAUUUCAUUGUCAGGAUGUUAAUUUGCCACUACACAAAUAACUAUUCAAUUAAAAAUCUUAUUUGUAUAGUUACCCUAUUUAGUAGUGCGUCUGUAAGUCAUGGGUAAGUAUUUAUUCGACAUUGAUUUUGAGCUAAACCGAAAGACGCUAGCUAGCUAACGAGAGACUUGGCUAGCCACCUAAAUUGACCACAAAUGUAACAUACAAUGUACUUAUUUCUUUUCCAAACAGUAAUUCUUCACGUCAAACAGAAAUAUCACUUUACCAGAACAUGAAAAAAACUACAUUUCAUCGAAUAACUUGAUGUGUACAUUAUUAUUAUAGCAUUGCAAGAAGAAACGUAGCUGUUGCAGGGUAUAAAGUAAGUCCAGGUGAGUUGAACCGAGCUUCUUCAGAUUCCCCCACUGUGAUUUAUUAAUUUAUAUAAAAAACAGAACAUUAACAAGUAAAGUGGCACUACAAUGUAAGGGACUAUAUAUUACUCAUUGGAUUUCAUUAUACUGAAAUGCGUGUAGUAUUCGGUAAAUCCAGCAGAGGGCGUUGUGAACCAAAUCAAGCUUGGAGCUCCUGUUGCAUUGUUUUAUAGAUAAAAGAAUUAUAAAUAAUUGUGUGCUUAACGUUUCACUGCAGUACAUUACGUAAUGUUCUUACUUGUUUUAUAUGAGUUUAAUGAUGAUGCACAGUUGUCAGGGUUUGUGAACUCCAUGCAGUCACAUCAAUCUUUUCAGACGACUUGUGAAGAACCUAUCACGUUGUCUGGUUUUAAUUUCUUCAAAGUUUUUAAAGCUGCCAUCACUCAUCAGCGUAUUUUAUGGUCAACUGGGAGACACAGUGAAACCUCGGCUGCAAUGUGAGCAUCGGAAGUAUGAAUACACAUGCUGACUUGAGGUAUUUCCAUGUCCACAACACAGCUGUUUGGAAUGUGUCGCGUUGCAAUACACGCAGGGUUUAGUGGGGGGGACAACAAAGGACAUUCGCGCAUACAUGCGAUAGAAGAAGAUAGUGUUUUUGUAGUAUACAUGGGGGGUAUGGUUUUGGUGGUUAGAUGUCUGUAGUCUCUGUACAGUUAGUGUCUAGGGUUCAUGUGCAACACAUGGAAACCAUAUGAACCAUACAAUGUACCAGUAUGUAUGCGUAACAACACAGGAGCUACUGUUACACAAUGGAUGUAGAUUUGUUUGUUUCUUUCGGCUUUUAUUUCCUGAUUUGUGAUUGAUUCAUUUUUCAUGUAGCCAUCAUGCACUCCUCAAAGUAUUCCCAUCCUGAUUUCUUAUGUAUUUCUUAUGUACAUUUGUCUCAGAUCAUCUAACAAAUGAAAAUGUUCGUCAAUGACAACACAACUGGACACAAAAUGACUCCAGCCAAGAGAACGCCGCUUGCCCGCCAUGCAGCCACUGCUGAUUACUAAAGAACGAAAAAGGACUGGGAGUGCUUCCGAAAUGUGCCGGGGCUCUCGGUGCCUCAAUAACCAGGAUUGGAGCAAGACAUGCGUGGGAGUGCAAUGCCAGGGGCGCACAGACACCGCAGUGUCAAGACGACAGUUUCACCUCGGACAAAUGCACCCCGGCUACACUCACCACCAAUCCAAGGCAGCACCUUUGACCCCUUACACCAACAUCCAACCUCCGCAAGGAGGCUUUGUGCAACAAACCAGCAGCGACGGCACCAGGAGGACCAACCCGAGAACCAUCACCGCUGAGGUGUUUCAUCCAGGCUGUGCAGGUGGGACCUGUCCGACCACUGUCGCACAUCACUCCACGCCUGGCAAUGGGGACGCAUGCAAAGGGAAUGACUGUAAACCGCGUCAAGCUAAACCUGAUGGGAACUCUUCACCGAUUCAUAUAAGAGACAGAGCGGCACAAUUUAUGGAGGAGAGAUCAGAACGUGGUCACUGGAUACAGUUGACAUGUGACAUGAAAGCAGGUACUAAUGACGUUCCUUCUGAGGAUGCUGUCGUUUUGCAGCUGCAGCUAUCCAAGGACCAAGAGAAGCUUGUGGAAGCGAUGAAGGGUCAUCAGGAGGAGGUCAAAGAGCUGCACAGACGCCUCAGCGAGCAACAGGGGGCUCUGGUCCACCAGCAGAGAGAAAUACAGGAGCAACAGAGGAAGAUGCAUGACUACAUGGAGCAAGUAAAAGUCCAAUACAACGUACUAUUGGACACCAUCAAGCAAAUGUCCAUGCAGAACCUCCAGGAGGAGCUGGACACUCGCCUUGAUGCGCUGAGUGAGCCAAGCGGACCUCACCGAGCCCAGCAGGCCCUUUCUUUGCACAAGGUGGACAUGGAGGCCAGUGUCAUGGAGGUGGGACAUUCCCAUGUGGCUUGUGGAAGCUGUGGACCCGAAGAGUACUGUGGCUUCAGCAGCGGUCAUCCUCAUUGUGAGAAGUGUACCGUGUGUCCCGCUGGCUUCUUCCUGGUUGCCCAGUGUUCCAUUCACGCAGACAGAAUCUGCCAGGACAGAGAUGAAUGCCUUGAAAUAAGUGACCUUUGUGAAGAUCAACUUAAAUGUCUAAACACACCAGGUGGAUUUAGGUGUCAAGGGAUGACAGAGCGAGAAGCCAGAGCCGGCAUGUGCGGACACGACUACUUCUACAACUCGGACAUGGAUGAGUGUCAGGCCUGUGCCGAGUGUGAUGGAGAAGCUGUGACAUCACCGUGUACUUUUACAACAGACACCAUCUGUGCUGGACCUUCUGCUGGCGACGGUGUCCUCUCCCUGUCCUGGGCCGGACAUGUGAGUCUGUCAGGUGCCAAAGGCCGCAUGAUGAAUCUCAUCUCGCCGGGAGUGCCGCUUCACAUUCGUGGAGCGAGCGACGGGAGCCUGGUGUCGGCCGAGGAAGGGCACCUGCUGCUGAGGAAGCACGGUCUGGUCUGGCUGGAGGAGAACCUCUCUGUGAGCCACGGCUGCCGCAGCUUUGUGCAAGUUUCUUUGCGUCUGAACGGUACAGACGCCUCUGAAGGCCGUCACCUCAGCGGAAUGAGAAUCGAGCAACAAGAAGUAAGGUCACUCCAGGGUAUCAGCAUGAGCGGGGUAGCAGAGGUCGCCCCCGGUCACGUGAUCUCCACUUCUCUGUGGAGCGCCAACCACUGCAACCAAAGUAAUGAAGGUCUACAGCUGUAUGACACCUCAGCUGCUUCGAUGAUGAGCCUCGUGUGGCUCUCUCACGACACCGGUGCCGUCGCCAUGACGGCACAGGCGAUGCUCUCCACGCAUUACCACACAAACCAUCGGCCGAUCUUUAGCACCACCUCCACUUCGGACCCUUACGUAGUUGGCUUGACUCACGACGGUCGUGGGAUUCGUUUUGCAGAAAGCGGUACCGUGCGCUUUGUAUACCAGCAGGCGUUGUACUCCAUGGGUCAGGCGUGCGUGAGCGAAGGUUUCCAAAUGUUGGCGUACCUCAACCAUAACGGUACCGGCAUGGAGUUGUGCCGGAGCUUCAAACCAGGCGUCCACUACCGCGACACAUCGAUAUCUCUCUCUGGAGCGACGGAAGUUAGUUCCGGAGACACGCUGGCGUUUGAGAUUCUGUCCCCUGCUCAGUGCAACGUACGGUUCUUUAGCGACAGAACAGGUAUCAGUCUUCUCAGUUUGGUUUGGGUUCCUGCCGCUAUGUCGUCUUCUAUCCACGCCUCUGUGGCUCAAACCGGACUUCCCUCAGGAGCCGUACGAAACAAGCCGCUUUUCUUUCGCCAGGAUAGUCCCCAGGUGCACCAAAUGGGUCUGCAAGCAAAAGGGUCCGCAGAUCCCAGUCGAGAUUUUGUCUUCAGGGAGAGCGGCACCGCCAGUGUUGCUCUCGACCUCAAACUGAUUCACUCGUGCAGCCAGGUAAAGGUGACUCUGCUCCGGCGUAACGACCCAAACGGAGGAGCUCGAUCCGUCCCCCUUUCCCAGCAAGUGGGUGGACAGAUGCCCGACGGUAGCCAAUGGGCCAGCGUGAGCCUGCGAGCAUCAUUCCAGGUACAAAACGGCACCACAGUGUUCUUCACACUGGACUGCGUACGAGGACGAGUCAACCAAGUCAGCCACCAAACAGGAAGUGGAGUGUCGGUCUUCUGGGUGGCAGCAUAACAUCAGCACCCAUUACUGAGUUGCACAGCUUUUGGGCAAAGAUACUGCGACCAUUAAAAUUGAUAGGAGGUUAAAGACGGAAGAACUUCCACAACUUCCACUCCACCAAGACUUUCUACUGUGGGAAUUUUGGUCCAUUCGUCCAGAAGAACAUUUGUGAGCCUGAGAGAGGACUUGUUGUCUCACAGUCUCAACUUCUUCCACGCCGUACUCGUCCACUAUAACAGAAGACGACCACCCCCCAAAUUGUUUCCCCCAAAGUACAAAGAAUUGACUGAUUUACUUUUGGGGGUAAGUCUGAAGAUCUUCGCUCAUUAUCUUUAUUUGUAUUCUUCAUAUAUCUUACAAAGUACACCCCUCACAUUUCAGCAACAGAUACAAAUCUCGGGUUUAACCUUGAGUAGUCAGUUUGAGCUACAGUAGAUGAUCUGUCUUCUGAAAUAAGGAAGCACUAGUCAGUACAAAGCACUACGUCCUCACUCCCCGAAGCCUUAAGAGCUGCGCUGGACAGUUUUCCAGUCGACUGGUUCUUGUUACGCAAACCAUCAAACCAAACCAAAGUAUCAAUAUUUAGUUUUUUAGACUAGAUUGCAGAAAUUAAAGUGCUCAUGACACCAAAACGCCGUGAAAAAUAACAAUGAAAGGCAUAUUUUCUGUGUUAGAUGUGUGCUGCGGCUGCACGGCGGUCGAGUGGUUAGCGCGCAGACCUCACAGCUAGGAGACCCGAGUUCAGUCCCACCCUCUGUGUGGAGUUUGCAUGUUUUCCCCGUGCUUGCGUGGGUUUUCUUCGGGUAUUCCGGUUUCCUCCCACAUUCCAAAAACAUGCUAGGUUAAUUAGCGACUCCAAAUUGUCCAGGUAUGAAUUAAGAUAUGCCUUUAUUCGUCCCUCAGUGGGGAAAUUUGUAUGUGAGUGUGAAUGGUUGUUUGUCUAUAUGUGCUCUGUGAUUGGCUGGCGACCAGUCCAGGGGUGUACCCCUGCCUUUCGACUGAAGACAGCUGGGAUAGGCUCCAGCACCACCCGCAACCCUCAUGAAGAUAAGCGGUAGAAAGUGAAUGAAUGCUAGUUACUAGUUGUGUUGAAUGCUUUUGUAGCUAUCACUGCCAGUAAAACACAUCAUACUCCUCACAGCACAAUGUUAGUGAAUGUUAUUAUUAUUGUGAAUAUGUCACCUUGUUGGCAAUCCAUAUUUUUUGGACUAGAUCUAUUCUAGGAAAGUAAGAUAAUAUUACAGGGUGAGAGGGCUGGUAUUGUUUUUUUCAUGACAUUGACAAUCCAAAAAACAUACUUUUGGCCAUUUUUGUGUGUGUUAUAUCAUAGUUAUCACAAACAAUAUUUUUGGAUUUGCUGUGAGGCCACAGCUGUAUGUGUUUGGUUCCCGGAAUGUGUUAUGAUCGUGACGUCACAGUCAAGAUGGUGUCGGUUUCGAACACUCCCCGGGGGGGUGAUUUAUUACAAAAAUAUGACAAAAAUGUUUUACUAAGUGAGUACUUUGUUUCUUUGGUGUCAUGAGCACUUUAAGGUGAAUCAGUGACAAAUUUAAAAUAUAUUUUUUUAAUGAAAUGCAAAACAAUGCAACUUUACCAACAAAAUGAUGGACAGUUUCAGUCAUAUUUUUGCAAUUUAUGACUGCACAAACCCCAUUGAGCGGCUAUAAAAUAUCAUAAAAUCUCAACUGCACAUUCUUCCACAUUUAUGUAUGUAACCAUAAUACGAACAUAUGUUCAUUUAUGUUUGUAUCUGCCCUUUUUAUAGUCAGCAAGACAGAUCACCUUUCUGCAUCUGUUAUCCAUCCCAUAUUUCACUGCACUGCAGCUUUAUAUACAUAUAUGAUUCACCCGUCACUAUAUGUUUAAAAAAAUCAUACUGUAGCAUUGUGUGAUACUACAUAGGUUAGAUUUGCUGCAGUAUUUAUGUAAGGAAACGACCAGCCACAUUUCCUGCUGUCACCAAGAAAAAGUUAGCCCGUGUUAUGAGCAUGUGUAUCAUGUUUUCAACAUUCAACCGCGUGCCUUGUUUAAUAUGCUGUGUUCUGCAUCUUAAAAAACAGACGCCACAUGUUCCACAAACUUCAUAUUAAUACUCAAUAUCCAUAAUAAGACGUAGCUAUCACAUACCGCAGCAAGUGCUGUACGUUUAUGUUCGCUAAUCACGGAAACAAAUAAAGUAUAACGUAUGACCAUUUUCAUGUAGAGGCUGCUUGAUCCUUCCAGGUGGUUCCGAUUACACGAGAAAGCAAUGAAGCGCUUUUCCAUAAAUUUCGUAUGACAAACUGAUAUUAUUCAGCCAACAGUGGCCCUCCGACAACCUCCUCAUUCCCUCGCUGCUGAAUUGCUUUGGCGUGGGAUCAAAAGUUCCCAGGUGGGUUUUUAUGAAAACCAGUAAACCAGUUGAUGUACUUGUUACCCCACAUCGGUGUGUGUUGGCGAUGGAUUUUUAAAGAAACCAUAACAAACAGAUUGUGGACUUGUUUAGAAAGUCAAGUAUGUAUUUAUAUUAAGAUAUUAUGAAGAUAUUAUUGCCCUUUUAAUUCUCAAACUUUAUGCUAAAUCAUGCUGACCAAAAUAAUACAUACAGGGUAUAUUUUGAUGGCUGGUCCGAGCUGGUCUGAAGGGACUAAAUAGGGGACGGCAGCUGUCCGAUGUAGCCUGCUCAAA